GCUCUUCCCGCAGCCCCGCGGCCGCUGAGGGAACCCCCGGCCCCGCUCCAGCCCCGCUCCGCUCAGGGGGGACCGGCCGCAGCCCACCGCGAGUGAGACACAAACUUGUGCGGGCCGCCAGCGCUGCGGCUCCGCGGCGAAAGGCGCAGGGCAGCUCCCGAGAGCGGCGGCCCGGGCAGCGCAACCCCUCAGGGCGCAGAGGGGCACCUGCGGGCCGGCCCCGCGCCGAGCCCCUGCCCCGAGCCCCUCAGGUGAGGCCCCGCCCCGCCCGGCCCAGCCGCGGUUCAUCGGUCCGUCCAUCCGCACCGCCGCAGCCCCCGGCACAGCGCCCGGCUGCCCCGGGGGAGCGCUGCUGCUGCCGCCGCGGCGGGCGGGGCCGGCUGCCCCCCGGGGCGGCGAUGCGGCGGGGCCGGCCGUGAGCGCGGGGCCGGCGGGGAGCGGGGACAUCCCGCCCCCCCCUUCGCCUCGCCUCCCCUCCGCGGGGCGCCCGGCCCCGCCGCCGGACGGGCAGGCGCGGGGGGAGUGGUUAACGGCUCCGCCGCGACACCCCCGGCCCCCCGCCCCGACGAGCCGCCCCGCUCCAAAUAAAUCAGCACCAUGACUACUUCUGGGCAUGGAACAAAGAGGAUGCUCUCCCGGGGCCCCGCGCUGUUCCUGGCGCCGCUGCUGCUCCUGUGUCGAGUGGUGGAGAGCCGAGGAGGGAUCAUGGACAGCAUACAGAGAUUUUCCAACCUGCCAACGUACCUCCCUGCGAGCUAUCACAUCUGCAAUGCUGAUACUUACUUCUUCCUCAAAGAAGCCAACCAGGAUAUCAUGAGGAACUCCAGUUUGCAGUCGAGGGUGGAUUCGUUCUUUAUAUACAAAGCUAAACUGCCACCUGUCCUAAAUGCCACGUAUGGACCCUUUUCUGUUGAACAGGCUGUUCCCUUGGACCUCAUGCUGACUUCUGCAUCUUUUGGUUUCUCAAAUCAAUUCACUUUUAAUUGGAAAUUAAAAUCUCACAUAAUCAACAGCUCAAUCUAUUCCAACAAACCUAAAAUACAAACCUUGUUCUAUAUUGUGGGGAAGGACUGGGAUGACUAUAAUCCUGAGGAGAUGUUGCCUUGUGUGAAGAUGUUUGCUCUCCUGGAGUCUAGAGAAGCUGUGGCCAGCUGUAGGCUGACAGGUCAUCUGGGAUUAUGUGUUGCAGAGCUGGAAUUAUCUUCUACCUGGUUCAGCUCCCCUCCACCACUGGUUUCAGAGGAAGCAGCCUCCCUGGAAGGGAUUACUGUGGAGCUCUUCUAUAAGAUUUAUACAGCAGAUGGGGAAUGUUCUGCAGAGGAUGAAAAAUGGGAAAAUAAUAUCCAUGCAGGUCAAGAUAAUGAACAGAAGGCUUUGUCAGCUAUGGAGAGGAUUGGUAGCAUCGUUGUUUACCCAAAUCAAGAUGAAUUAAAACAGUCUUCACUGAGGCUGGAUGAAAAUAUCGUUAUUCGCUUACCACUCAACCCGGUCAGAGAAGGUGACGUUGUGACCUUUCAUGUUGCCCUGGCUGAGGACUCUCUAGCAGACCAGUUUGUAUUAAGAAUUAGGACAGCCCCAGGUGUGAAGAUCCUGGACAUCAGAGUCAGUGAUGCAGACCAGUGGGGGGUUCAAGAAGAGACAGACAGCGCGAGGACCACUGCCACGGUGACAUGUGUGCACAACGACCCGAGCGCGGAGAGCAGAGCAAACAUGUCCUCCUUCGAGGUCCUGGAGAUGGACUUUGAGAUUGACAACACCAGCAGCCUGGCAGGGGCCCAGCAAAUCACCUGGCAGGUGGAAUACCCUCGAGAUGAUUCCUUGAGCGAACUGGUGGUCUCCGAGAUCUUUGUCAGCCGGACGAUGUUUGUGGGAAUCGUUCCUCUUGCGAUGGACAUGGAAGUCCUCAACACGGCCAUUCUGACGGGCAAAACGGUGUCUGUACCAGUCAAGGUGGUUGCUGUGCAGGAGGAUGGGUCCGUGGUUGAUGUUUCAAACUCCACUGAGUGCAGAUCAGCUGAUGAAGAUGUCAUAAAGGUUUCUGACAGCUGUGACUCCAUCUUCGUUAAUGGCAAGGAAAUGAAAAGCAAAGUGGAUACUAUUGUUAACUUCACUUACCAGCAUUUUACCACCCAAUUAGAAGUGACGGUCUGGGUUCCCAGGCUCCCGCUGCAGAUCGAGAUCUCUGAUACAGAGCUCAGCCAGAUCAAAGGCUGGAGGAUACCCGUCACCUCCAAUAAAAGGCCUACCCGUGACAGUGAGGAUGAAGAGGAUGAUGAGAAAAAAGGAAAAGGUUGUACCCUCCAGUAUCAGCAUGCCAUGGUGCGAGUCCUCACACAGUUUGUAGCUGAAUCCUCUGAGUUUGGAGGCCACUUGACCUAUAUGCUGGGCUCUGAGUGGCAGUUUGACAUCACUGACCUUGUGGCUGAUUUCAUGAAGGUAGAAGAACCCAGGAUUGCUAAGCUUCAAGAUGGCCGAGUUCUGGUUGGUCGUGAGCAUGGCAUCACCACGGUCCAGGUUCUGUCACCUCUUUCCGAUUCCAUCCUGGCAGAGAAGACAGUGAUUGUUCUAGAUGACCGUGUAACCAUUACAGAUCUAGGAGUACAGCUAGUCUCAGGCUUGUCCAUCUCCUUACAAAUCAGUAAAGGAAGCAAGAGAGCUAUCGUUUCCACCACCUCUGCAUAUGAUAUCCUUCAUACUCCGAAACAGGAAGCCAUAGUGAGCGCGUGGAUUCUGUUCAGCGAUGGGUCAGUGACGCCGUUAGAUAUCUAUGACUCCAAGGACUUCUCGAUCGCCAUCACCUCCCUGGAUGAGAUGGUAGUGUCUGCACACCAAAACCUUCAGUCCAGAUGGCCUGUGGUGGUGGCGGAAGGGGACGGGCAAGGACCUCUGAUUAAAAUUGAAAUGGUCAUCAGUGAGCCAUGCCAGAAGACCAAGCGGAAGAGCAUUCUGGCUGUUGGGAAAGGAAGUGUCAAAGUGAAGUUUGGUCAAAAAGAUUCUGACCGAAAAGGAAGCACUAAUGACAUUGAUGAUAUGGAUAGAGAUUUUAAAAGCCAUGCAAGCAAUUCUAUAGAGAAACCUGCAGAACAAGAGAGGACAGUACAAGAGUGGUUCAAAAACCAUGAGGACAUGUCCAGUCACGAGGACAAUGCAAACAAAAGCACAACUUUCGUAUAUCCCAUUGAUCAGGAGUCCCUGGAGGAUGGUCUCCAAAAUAACCCAACUGCCUACACAGGUUUCCCUGUGCAAGUAGAAAUACCAGGAGAAAACAAUCCCAGUGAUCUCACAUUGAAUUCAAGAGGAUUAACGGAUUUAGAGAUCGGCAUGUAUGCCCUGCUGUGUGUUUUCUGCUUAGCAAUCUUGGUCUUCUUGAUUAACUGUGUGGCAUUUGCUUGGAAGUACAGGCAUAAAAGGUUUGCUGUGAGCGAGCAAGGCAAUAUCCCCCAUUCCCAUGAUUGGGUCUGGCUUGGAAAUGAGGUUGAACUGCUGGAAAACACAGUUGACAUUUCGCUCCCGUCAGAGGAGUGCACUACCAUGAUUGACAGAGGAAUGCAGUUUGAAGAAAGCAACUUUCUCCUUAAUGGGAGCUCUCAGAAGACUCUUCAUAAUCAUAUCCUCAGAUCUUCUGAGUACCUUUGUGAAAAAGAAGUUAAAAGUGAACCUAUAAAUCCUUCUGGGCCAAAGCAGAAGCGAGUAAAGUUCACUUCAUAUACAACGAUACUGCCAGAGGAUGGAGGCCCCUACACCAAUUCAAUUCUAUUUGACAGUGAUGAUAAUAUUAAAUGGGUAUGCCAAGAUAUGAAUCUUGGUGAUUCCAAGGAACUUAGGGACUAUAUGGAAAGACUGCAAGACAAUAUGUAAAACUACUUUCUUAUGUUUGUAAUCACCUUUAUGCCUUCUGUUUAUGGAUGGUGGAGCAGUCAGUCCAGUCAGCAAUAGGAACAAGACAGCCCAACCUUGGAGUUACUGAGAUGAUAACCUGAUAUCACUGAGCAGGUACAAGAGGCUGGCUGAGUUAAACCUGUUUCACCACAAACCAGGAUGUGCCCCUAAAACAGCUACCUGUAGGUGUUGGAGGUGUCACACACGAUGGCUGUUUUUGUAUACUGCCUGGUACUAGCAAAAUGCUAAUACAACUACGCUCAGACUCAGAGGAGACUUCAUUGUUUGUCAUCUCUCAUGAUAAAUGGUAAAUCAGAAAAGAAAGGGAUACUUGUUUGCAUUGAUUUUUCUAGUCGUCGUCCUUUGUAAAGCACAGUGGACAUUUCUUGCUUACAGCCUGAAACGAGGCUUACAUUAAAAGGGAUCUGAAUGAAUCUAAUUUUAUUGCCUAUGUGCAAUGCAGCCAAGUAGUUGUUUUAUUUUUUAGAGAUAUAAAAGCCCCCAUGUGGUUAAUUUCUUUUCCUAUUGUUUAUGAAUAUUAUUUGACUUAGGAAACAUUAAAUAUUUUCUUUGAAGGUUUCUUUUUUGGUUGUACCAAAGUGUAGUACGGUAAUAUUUAUGAUGAUUUAAGUUUUCUAUUCAUUUGCAUCAGCCCCUAGAGAUACCUCUUUCAUCACCAAUUAUCUUUCUCCUUUCCUUAUGGGUACAUGGCUCGUUAGUAUUUGAAACACAGAAAGGUAUUAGAACUCUUACUGGGAAAGGGUUGUAUCUUCUUACAGGGAAAUGUAAAUACAAUAAUAAACCCUGGAAAAUAAAAAUCAAGGAGUAA